GUCGUCGCCCGACGGUUGUUGUUCUCGAUUUUCUCGUUCCUUGCAACGAACACGAUGAAGCUCACCACAGCUUCCGCCGCUCUUUUGCUACUCACUGCCGUUAACGCACACGACCUCCCCCGCCGCCAUGCCAGCUUUGCUAAGCGCCAAUUUACGGCAGCCGCCGCUGGCACAUCCUCGGUCGCCGCCGCCGCAGGCUCGACUGUCGCGUCUGGCACCGUCGCAGCGACCGGCACCGUCGCCGCAACCCCCGCUCUGGACACCGGCACGUCGGUGCCCCCUCUCAGCUCUAUCACGUCGGGCAUGGCCACGCAGGCGACCUUCCCGGUCAGCUCGACCUACACCGCCGGGGCGACCCCUCCCAUCUCUGGCGCACCUGCCCUGCCCUCGAAGUUCGUCUACAGUUCGGCGGACUGGCCCAUCGCGGACAAGACACCUGACACCACAUCCGACGAAGUUCAGGAGUGGAUGAAGGAGCUCGAUGGGUGGGACAUUCCCGACAUUGACCCAUCCACUGAUGGAACCUGCGCCGGCUCGACCGAGGCUGCUGCCAAUGCCCAAGCGAACGGUUGGUGGACUUGCGGUGGUUACACCAGGGAUACCGAUAUCGUCGCCUGCCCCGACAAGAUGACGUGGGGUGUCAGCUUCGACGACGGCCCGUCUCCUUACACCCAGACCCUUCUCAACUACCUUGGCUCGGUGAACCUCACGGCCACGUUUUUCGUCGUUGGCAGCCGUGUUGUGGAACGCCCUGAUGUCCUCAUUGAGGAAUACAUGGCAGGCCAUGAAAUCAGCGUGCACACAUGGGCGCAUCCCCACUUGACGACCCUAACCACCGAACAAAUCGUGGCCGAGUUGGGCUGGUCUCGCAAGGCCAUUCAAACUGUUCUGGGCAUCACCCCGACCACCAUGCGUCCGCCUUACGGCGACAUCGACGAUCGUGUUCGUGCCAUCUCCUUGGCUAUGGGCAUGGUUCCCAUCAUCUGGACGAGCAGCCCGUCCAGCGGGCCCUUCGACACCAACGACUGGCGCGUCGCCGGUGGUCUGGUGACUGGUCCAGAGCAGCUGGCGACGUUCGAGGGCCUCCUCGGGAACGCAACCACGCUCGACACCGGUUUCAUCGUCCUUGAACACGAUCUGUUCGAGAUCACUGUUGACCUUGCGCGAGGCUACACCAUUCCCGCCGCGCUCUCGCAUGAGCCGCCCUUCACCCUCAAGUCUAUCGGCUCCUGCCAGGGCUGGCCUGCGACCGAUCUGUACCUCGAGACGACCACGAACACGACGUUCCCGUACUCGAACUCGACCGUCAGCACAAACGGUACCGCGGACAGCGACUCCUCGGACGGCACCGGUGUCCGCGGCAACAGCGCCAGCAGCGGUAGCUCGACGAGCACCGCGGACGCCGAUCAGGCGCAGUCGACCAGCGGCGCGUCACACGUCGUCCCGCAAGCCAUCACGUUCGGUCUCCUCUUUACUCUUUCGCUGGCUAUCGUCGGCGCAUCCGCCUUUUAAUCUCUUCCCUCUACAUAUAUAGCCUUAUCUUUUCUCUCUACUCACCCUCUUGACGCAACGUUCUGGAUUUGUAUUGCAUUUUCGUCGUGCACACGGUCAACUACGCUGCUGCCUCGUCUUAUAGCCCUUAGGGACUGGAUUUCAUGACCUCAAUCUACGGACUCAAUGAUUAGAUUUAUUCAGCUAUUUCCUUUCGCUAGUGGGCCAUCUGACACUGUAAAGGCUUUGGAUGCAGGUUGCAGCUGGGCGAUUACUCUUCCACACGCGUGAUUGGGCAGUCAUAACUCAUCGCGACGCAGCACAUUAGUAGUUAAUGGACGCUCGUCCAAUAUACUGUCCCAUUUCUCUGCGAUGGGCACUUU